AUGGCUUCGAUACCUAAAAAAAUAAAAAGCUCUAAAACACCAUCGUCACUAUUUGAACCAACAACACGAUCAUACAACACUCUUCAAAUUGAAGAUAUAACCAAACACUUGAACACAAAUAUUGAAGAAGGUUUGACAAAUAAAGAAGUUACUGAAACACGCCUUCCAAUAUAUGGAUUGAAUGAAUUAUCACGUCAACGAAAUAAAGAUUAUGUUGAUGCAGUAAUAAUUGGAUUUGUUGUGAUAAUAAAUGUAUUAAUUGGAUUUUUUCAAGAAUAUCGAGCAGAAAAAACUAUAGAAUCAUUGAGGAAAAUGUCAUCACCGACCGCAAGAGUUAUUAGGGAAAAUGCUUUGGUCUCUAUUCCUGUAAAUACUCUAGUACCUGGAGAUAUAAUAGUAAUAGAAGAAGGAGAUGUAAUUAGUGCGGAUGCUCAAUUAUUUGAAUGUUUUAAUUUAGAGGUUAACGAAGCUUUACUGACUGGUGAUUCUGCUCCCGUUGCAAAGUCUGUUGAUGUGGUUGAAGAACAUGAUGAAACUUUAGUUGAACGAUCGGAUCUAAUAUAUUCUAAUACAACUGUAACAAAAGGAAGAGGAAAAGGCAUUGUUACAAGUACAGGAAUGAAAACUGCAAUUGGAAAAGUUGCAAAAAAUUUAUCAUCAUCAUCUGUUAUACAAAGGACUCCUUUGCAAAAAAAAGUAGAUAUGAUGGCAUAUAUAUUGUUUGGAGUGGCUAUUUUAUUAUCCAUAAUAGUAUUUGGUGUAAAUGGAUGGAAAUUUAGUAGAGAAAUUGUUAUUUAUGUUGUGUCUGUUAUUAUUGCUAUACUGCCUGAAGGUCUUGCUGUCGUGAUUAUUUUAACUAUAACUUUAGGUCUACGACAAAUGGCCAAAAAUAAAGUGAUUUUUCGUAAAUUGAGUGCAUUUGAAGCAUUAGGGUCUGUGACAAAUAUUUGUACUGACAAGACCGGUACACUCACACAAACUAAAAUGAUUGCAACCAAUGUUUGGUUGUUACAAGAGGGUUUUUACAAAAUAACUGGUCGCGAUGAUUACACCCCAGAAGGUAAAAUCUACAAGAUUGGUCCUACUCUUUCUAAUAAAGAUAAUGAAGAGAAUGACAAUAAUGAUGACAUGAGAGAAAAUAUGGGAAAUGAAAAGGGGAAGGGGAAUGCGUUGUUGGCUGAUGAAGAAGUAAAAUCGGAAGAUAUGAGCUAUGCAUUUAUAAAAUUAGUUCAAACUGCUGCUCUUUGUAAUAUGGCCAUCAUUAGAAAAGGUGGUGGUGUUCAUGGUGAAUGGAAUGCUAUGGGCAAUCCAAUUGAGUCUGCACUUCAAGUAUUUGCACAUAAAGUUGGACUAUCAAAGCCACUACUCGAAGGCGAUAAAUACAAAUUUAAAUUAAUAAUGGAAUUUCAUUUUGACACACAACUGAAAAGAAUGUCAGUCAUUUACAAAAAUGAAUUCACCAAUGAAUAUUGUGUAUUUUUGAAAGGUGCAACUGAAUCUGUAUUAAAACAAUGUACAAAGUUUCAAGUUGGUGAUGUUAUUGUCAAGAAAGGAAUUAUUAAUGAUGAAAAAUUUAAACUGGAAAUCAAUAAUGGUCAUGAAAGUUUGGCUGGUAGAGGAUUGCAUGUAAUAUCAUUGGCAUAUCGAAAAAUAAAUAAUCAAUAUAAAACAGAUAAAGAAAUUUCAAAAAUGACACGUGAGGAAACAGAUAAUGAUAUGAUAUUUUUGGGAAUUGUUGGCAUUUAUAAUCCACCAAGACCUGAAUCAAAAACAGCUGUUAUGAAAUGUUUUGGUUCUGGAAUUGAAGUUCACAUGUUAACAGGCGACCAUCCUUUGACUGCGGCAACAAUUGCUAAAAAGAUAGGAAUACUUCCUUCGACUUAUUUAACAGACAAUAAUAAUUUUAGAUCACAAUCACAACUUGUUAUGACAGCAACACAAUUUGAUGCUCUUACCGAUGAACAGAUUGAUGAACUUAAAGAAUUGCCAAGAGUUAUUGCUCGCUGUAGUACUGAAACUAAAGUGAAAAUGAUUGGGGCAUUACACAGAAGAAAUAAAUUCGUGGCGAUGACUGGUAACAACGUCAAUGACUCGCCAAGUCUUAAAAAAGCAGAUAUUGGUAUCGCAAUGGGAAUGGGCGGAAAUGACAUGACAAAACAAGCAAGUGACAUAGUAUUAACUGACGGCAAUUUCGCAACUGUAGUUAAUGCAAUAUCAGAAGGUCGUAGAAUAUUUGGAAAUAUGCAAAAUUCCAUUUCAUACCUAUUAAGUGUAAAUGUAUCGGAAAUCAUUGUAUUAAUGAUUGGAUUGGCAUUUAUUGAUACUGAUAGAUUACCCAUAAAUCCAUUGUCACUAUUGCAAAUACUUUUUUUAAAUAUGGUUACUAGCACACCACUUGCAAUCGCAUUAGGAGCUGAACGAGAAUCAAAAGAUAUAAUGAAAUAUCUUCCGUGUAGAUAUCGUCGAAUAUUUUCAUGGGAAGUUAUUGCUGAUACAAUAUUUUAUGGGUGUGUUGCUGGUGGAUUGACGUUAACAAAUUUUGUUUUAGUGAUUUAUGUAACGGGUGAUAGAAAUUUAGGCAGUGGAUGUAAUUAUAAUUUGAAUCCUUAUACGGCUACAGAAGAGGGAGGAGGAGGAUCAUGUGAACAAGUCUUCCGAGGGAGAGGUGUAGCAUUUGCAACUUUAACUUUUCUAUUAUUUAUACGUGCUUAUAACUGUCGUUCGUUGAAAGAUUUAUUUCGGCCAACGAGGUUAUACUCGGAUAAUAAAUUUUUAUUUUGGACAGUGGUUGGUGAUGCACUUGUUUCGAUUCUAGCUUUAUAUAUACCUGGGUUGAAUACUCAAGUAUUCCAUCAAUUAGGAUUUAGUUGGGAAUGGGGAUUAGUAUUAGGAGCAAUAGUAAUAUUCGAAAUAUUCGUUGAAGUAUACAAAUUUAUCAAAAGGCAUUAUUGUUCGUCCUUAAUAUUUGUUGGUGAGGAUGGAGGAAGAGAAUGUGAUGAUGAUACUGCGACUAUUGUCACCGUAGUAUAA